AUGUCUUCCACAAAAUAUGGUGUUGUUGGUGACAGGAGAUAUUUCAUACACGUGAGUUUGAGUCUGACAAGGAUAGAAGGGGAUGAUAACAUUAGAAUUGUGUUUGUGGAAGUUUUCAACACUUUUGAACCUUCUAGUUUGUCUAUUGAAGGUAGAUGGGUGGAUCAAGAUGAGAGUGACACUGACACUAGAGUGAUAGUGGGAAGUGUGUCUGAGAGUGGGAGUGCUAGUGACAGUAAUAGUAAGAGUGAGAGUGGGUCUAAGAGUAACAGUGGGAAUAAUGUUGUUGGUGUAGAGGGUGUUAUUCAAGAGAAUAAUCUCGUUGGUAGUGGGGUUAGGAAUCAUAAUGAUGUAGGUAAAGAUAAUAUUAUUGGUGUAGAGAGUGUUACUCAAGAGGAUAAUAAUGUUGGGGUUGGUAGUGGGAUUAAGAAUCAGAAUGAUGUAAAUGAGGAUAAUCUUAGGGUGUUACUUAAGAGAAUAGUCUUAUUAGGUGAUUAUGACAUGAGGAAUGCUAGUAGCGAAGAUGAUGAUGCAUUAUUCUUUGAGCAUGUAGAUACAGGUGCCAAUGGAGAGGAUGAGUCAGAGUCCAAUAAUAGUAAUAAUGAAGAUGUGAUAGAUGACUUAGUUGAUAGUGAAAAUGAGCCAGAGCUAAAUACUCUCAUCUUCAAUCCUUAA